GAAAGGACACAGGAUGACAGCUCUGCGCUCGCACCGCUCUGCUGACCGUGGGGAGACGCCCUGAGGGAGGGCCGGUAUGAGCGUGUUUGAUGAUUGGGACGGGCUACGGAGGCCCUGAGUAAGCUAAAGGAUGACCGGUGAGAAAGCCCGUGCGCUCGACGAACAUACCUCUCGCCUCGUUGUCCGCAUCCCGGACGUCUCCAUCUGCCCAACAUUGCGUGCACCAUCAAAGGUAGUCCAUGGCUGAAACCUAUGUCAACUUCCUUAGCGGAUCGUCCUUGAAUCGUCUCUCCUGGCUGCGGACAUCACACGCAUUCCUGAAUGCCAUCGCGCUCUCUCCGGCCACGCGUUGGAUCCUGUAUCAAGGCGGGCAGCCCUUGCUGGUAGCCGACCCGAGCACUCGUAAGCGGUCGCUCGCCCGCCUCUCUGCAGCCGAUGUGCGGCCUCUGCUCGGCAAGGAGCCAUUCUUCCAGCAAGGCCAGACCGAAGACGAGCUCGCCCUUGACGACGUCCUCAUCCUCAAGGCAGCACGGUUCCAUGGGCCACCGAUCGUGUUUCUCGGGUUGCAAGAGCCGCAGAGCGGCAAGGCCGAUGCGUUGCCCUCUUCCCAGUUUAGUGCGAAGGCCGACCCCGCUGCCGUCAUCGCAAAUCUCAAAGGCACACCGUUCUUCUCCUUGGACGUCACCGAUGUCCCACAGGAAGCGCUUGAGAAGACAUUCCAGGAUUCUGAGGCGGGGCGGGCGGGCGCCGAGCUGAGCUUUUCCGAACCCCGCGCGGCAAUGGGUUCAUUUGAUGCAUUCGAAGCGAGCAUAUUCGCAGAAGCACGGAGCAUAGUGGAUUGGAACGCGAGGAACAAGUUCUGUCCUUCGUGUGGUUCCCCGGUAUACUCAAUCUGGGCAGGUUGGAAGUUGACCUGUACAUCGCUACUUCCUUGGGCGGAUAAUGUUGGCAAGGAACUAUGUCCCACAGGCAAGGGCCUGCACAACUUUGCACACCCCAGAACGGACGCCGUCGUCAUAAUGGCAGUAGUAGAUCAAACCGAUGAGAAGGUGUUGCUAGGCCGAAAUAAAAAGUGGCCAGGCAGGUUCUAUUCAGCCCUGGCCGGUUUCAUAGAGCCUGGUGAGUCCUUUGAAGACGCCGUCAAGCGUGAGAUCUGGGAGGAAGCCGGUGUGAGGGUGUGGAAUGUGCAGUAUCACUCUACACAGCCGUGGCCGUAUCCUGCUAAUCUUAUGGUGGGAUUCUACGCAACCGCUGAUUCAUCACAGCCAUUACGGACGGACCUAGACAAUGAACUUGACGAUGCGAAAUGGUAUACGCGAGAGGAGAUCCUCGCUGUCCUGAAUCACUCCCAAGGCACGAACAUAACCAGAGGCGAUCACCGCACGCUUGCGCAAGCGCAGGAAGAGCGUGACAGCAGCAAAGAGGCCGCGGUCAGCACCGCCAACGCCCUCGCUGGAGAUGCGGUGACGGACGAGGAGAAGAAGAGGAAGGCUCAGGCUCCGGAGGAACCGUCGGAGCUGCCCUUCAGGCUUCCGCCCAUUACUGCCAUUGCGGGUGUGCUCAUCAAUGAGUGGGCGCAUCGACGGGCGGGCCCGGGUGCAACUGCCGCGCAGGCGAAGGGUCUCCUGUGAACCCCGUGUCGGGAGUACGCACGGACGCCUCUUCUUCCCGUUGUCCUUAUUCACGUUACGGGUAAUUGAUCAUGAGCUUCACUCAUUGCUCAGUAUAGUUUUGAAUUGAAUAUGCAUCAGUCCGUGAAGCUCCGCGA